GAGCAACCUAAGCGCACGCGCUUACUCGCGCAUGCGCAGAAUAACAACUUCAAAUUUUUCGCGCGAAAAUUUUGUUUUGACAACGCGCAUAACAAAUUAUAUAUAGUAAGUGUAAUUAGCUUAAAAACAAGUGAAAUAAAUGACAGACUUGUUUGUAAAUAUUCAGUAUAUAUAUUUGUAAUUUUGUAUUUUUUUUAUUAUUUGUUUUAUAAAACAAUGGACAAAGUCAGAAAAUCUGACAAUUUUCUAAUGAUAAUAGUAAAAAAUAUUUAUUAUUGUUAUUUUUUUUUAUUAUUAUCAUUAUUGUUUGUAAAGAGAGGAAGCAAGAGCAAGAGCGCAAUGACAAACAAAUAUAAAUUUAAUACUCAGGCGAUUGAUUUUGAGUUUUAGUGGAUUUUUACUGGCUGUUCAGGAAGUACUGGAUCAAGACAUUGACGUGGUUAUGUAAUGCCAAUUAGCAAUAAUAAAUCACAGGGAAAAAAAUUGUCAUUCAAUUUGUGCGGAAAAUCAGCGACAGUAACUUCGUCGACAAUAAAUGGUGAAGAAGGUGAUCAGGAUGACACUAAAUUUUUCACGAUAGCUCCAGCGCUUCCAGUGCUUCCUGGUGCUCCUGCGCCCAGUAAAUUAACCACCAAGCGGUCCUAUGGUACUUUGACACCAACUAGUUCAACUUACGGAUUCGAUGAUACAGAAGUCGGAGGCUGCGAUGUCGUGGCUCUUCAACAGCAGCAAUCCACCAGUGACAGUGGGUAUAAAACCACCACCGUGGUAGCAUCAAGAACUCCCGCAGAACGCGAUAAAAAUCCUGACAGAAUUUGUCUGGACCGACGAGGCCUCACCAGUUUUCCUGACAUUGUCGGUGAGCCGAAAUUGAGGCUGAUGUCUCUGCAGCACAACCUAUUGUCGAGAAUAGAGGGCCAGAAUUUCUCACAGCUGACGAAGCUGGUCUUCUUGGACCUAUAUGACAACCAGAUCGAGAAGAUCUACGACCUGGCCCCGUUGGAGAACUUGAGGGUGCUUCUAAUUGGUAAGAACCGGGUCAAAAAAAUUGAAGGGCUGAGGUCGCUGAUUAAACUCGAGGUGCUGGACCUUCACGGGAACCAAAUUGUCCAGAUCACUGGCUUGGAGAACUUGUCUUCGUUGAAGGUGUUGAAUUUAGCGGGGAACAAUGUCAAGGUCAUUGGAUUCAAUGAUUUUCAUGGACUGCUCGCGCUUAAAGAGCUUAAUUUGAAAAGGAAUAAGAUUAAGAAGCUCUUGGGGUUUAGUGAGACUCCUCAGUUGCAGAAAUUGUACCUCAGUAAUAAUGAUAUUCAUAAAAUCGAAGACAUGGGUAGCCUAGCAAAAGCCCUAGAAAUCCGGGAAAUAACAAUCGACGGCAACCCAGUAACCUUAAACGCAGACUGUAUAUCCUUCCUGGUCUCGUACUUACCAAACCUGCAAAUUCUCUCAACAAUGCAGAUCAACGAACAAGUCCGUCGCGCAGCGAUGGCCUGGCGACUCACCAAAGAGCAGUCAAACUCUGCGUUCCUGGACCUGAGUACCCAGGUCUGCGUGAACGUCCGCCGCGAGGAAGUGAUAAUAAACGCGAAAAAAAACUGGGAGCUUCUGCGGUCCCAGACCAAGUGCUUAACAUCCAGCGCGAACAAGCACAGCAAUAUCAAGAAUGAGCGUGUCCGUGGACUGAACCUGCAAAACAGCACUAAGUUCGACGCAGUGAAGAUCAAGGCCGAGGAAGCUUCCAACUUGGGACACGCUCAGAAACCGAGCUUCGGAAGCUUGUCCUCCAUCAACAACGACAAGAUUGACGCCAAGAAGAUCCAGUUUAAGAGAAGAAGCAACUCUACUGAUACUCUGUUCCAUUCCAGGCACAAUCUUCAAGGAAACGAGGCUGGGAAGCUGAACUUGGCGCUGGAUUUUAAACUCCCGCCGAUUUUAGUCCCGAUUAUCAAUAAUAUUACUAAUUGCAGGUUCAAUGUUAAUAAUAAUGUCAAUAACAAGGACAAUAUUAGCAGUACACGCAAUGGCGGAAAAGGUUCAAAUGAAACCGAAACAACAGACAGCGAACUGGAAAGUUCGGAGAGUCACGAGAGCUUGAAAAGCGCGCUGAGGAACCAUUUGAUAAAGACUAAUCUCAAUUUAGGGAGUCAAAAGUCUGAAGAAUCCAAGAACAUCUACAGCUUCGGUGAUGAAGAAAUAAAGAAAAAAGAGAGAAGAAAUGAAUAUUCAUUGCAACUGGCGACAGAUUCCAGGAGUUUUUAUAACCUGGUGCAAGGGAGCACCAGGAGGCAGCUCAGCUACCGGCAGAUUAAUCUGGCGGGGAUGAAGAAGGCUAACAGUUUGGACAGCAGGGAGGAAUUUAGCAGCCAGAGUUCGACGGCUAGCAAAGAAUUGGACUCGGAUGAUGAAAAAGGAAGGGUUAGGAGCGCUCAGGUGAAGAAGAUUGUGAGCUACAAGAGCAACCGAGCAGCCACUGCUAGAGUCAAACACAGGGCAGUAGCUACACCUGUUGUUCCUGUUCAGUUCAACGCGCCUAAAGAGAAAGAGCAAGGUGGCGACUACUUGGUGGAAAUUGUUGGAAGGUGUCUUAAUGUCUAUGGACAAGGUGCUUUAAGGUACAUAGACCGGUCUUGGGACUCGGUGAAGGCCAAUGAUGUUAACACGAUAAAAUUCAACUAUGUUCAGUUCAACGGCGUCGCGACUGUUUUGAACAAAUUGAAAAUGAGGUUCUCGAAUGCGCAGCAUUUUAUUUUCAAGGAGACUAAUAUUAGUCAUCUAGGGCAGCUAAAUGCGCUGGCUGAAGUUCAAGGGCUCACGAGUAUUCAGAUAGAAGCUGAGGGCAAUCCGAUUAUUUCGAAGAACUGGAGGGUAUAUGCUGUUUUUAGGCUGUCCCACUGGGGCCUCAGAAUCAUCAAUGGUAAAGAGGUUAGUCCAGGUGAAAUUGAGGCUGCGAACAAAGAAUAUUCUGGAUUGGUUGACAUUGUGAUGUGGUCUUUACCUGAAACAUUGCUACAGCCUUUGUUGCAGCGACUGCACCUUGAAAAAGUUCAGAGACUUAAUGGAGAACAAAUCACUGCCAAACAAUUUUUAUUUAACAGCGAUCCUGCUUUAAGGAAUGUUGUUGCUAAGGAAGCAUUACAGUGGAGACGUGGAAAUGUUACCCAAGAUGAUUUAAUAUUGAGACAUAAAGGUAAAAUUCAUUUAUCAAAUUACAUUGAUCAGACAGUUGACGCAAUCCAAAAAUUACAAUCACUGGAAAAAGAAUGGCCAAAUAUACUUUACGAAAUAAUUCGCACAACUUUAACAGAUUACUCUCAGAUGAAUUUAUAUAUGAAGAAGCGUAGUAAGAUACUUGAAGGUGAUAAGUGA